AUGGCCACGAACGAAAAUCAACUCGAUGUACUGCUUCAAGCCGUCGAAGAGGUGGUUGAGCAACCGGAGGACCUUGAGGGCUGUGAGAAGCUCAUUGAGGGCAGCUCCUUGAAGAACAACUUCCUUCGCAUCGGUCAGGCCCUUGUGACUAUAAAUGAUCGGAAACUUUACAAGAGGGCAGGCUCAUCAUCGUUUACGCAGUACAUAGAACAGAAGAGCGAUUUUGGGUUUGGGCCUCGGCAGGCGCUGCGCUUGCUCGCGGCCACGCGCCUGGUUCGUAACUUCCCUCCUACCAUUGCCCUUCCCACAAGUGAGCGGCAGGUUCGCGCCCUGGUGGGUUUGGAGCAGCAGCAGGCCGUCAAGGUGUGGGUGAAGGCCAACCUGAUCGCGCAGGAGACCGGGGUGCCCCUCACUCACCGUCUCGUAGAGUCAGUGCUGGGAAAGGAGCUGCCAGCUAGCUAUCGGCAAGCCGCGAGGGACUGGCAGGACUACGUAUCCCCCGACUCGGAGUACUACGCCACGCCACCCUAUAUCCUUACGGCUGUACGGAAACUGUACGGCGGCGCCAUCGAUCUGGAUCCUGCAUCGGACGAGAAGGCCAACGAGGCGGUCCAGGCGGCCAAGUUCUACACCGCGGAGGAGGACGGACUGUCUCCAGAACUCCCCUGGAGCGGUAAGAUCUUCAUCAACCCGCCCUCGGGCAUCGUCGGCUCGGAGCCCCUUCAAGGGCUCUUCUUCAACCGAGCUAUUCGGGAGGCCGCAGUUGCACCCACCAUCACAGAGUGUGUAAUACUGCUCAAGGCAGCUGUUGGCCAGCGCUGGUUCGGCCCCGUGUUCGACCACCCGCACUGCUGGCUGGCUGAGCGGACGGUCAAGAAGGGCGCCGCCGCGGCGGCGGCUGCUGCGGGAGGUGGCGGCAACGGCGGUGACGGCGGUGGCGGCAAGGGCCCUCGGGGCAUGGUGGUUGUGUAUGUGGGUCGCCGCGUUCAGGACUUCUGUAACGCGUUCGGGGAACUGGGUCACAUUCCCGGGUUGAAUACGUGGGCCGGAUCGAAGUCUGCCGGUAGGGAUUGA